UUGUUUGAAGCGUGUACGUGUACAGUUGGAAAGUGCGGCCGGUCAAUUUAUGGAAACAUUUUUUUUUUUAAGUGAAAUUAAAAGUUUAUAUCUAAUUGAGAGCAAACGAAAGAACCUCUAAAAAAAAUAAUUGGUUACAGAAAAAAUUACAAAACUCGCUGAAAAAAUGUGAAACAAACAAAUCGGUACAACAUUUGUGGUAAUAUAUAUAAUUCAUAUAUGAAUUAACUUAACUUAAUUGAAAAAAGUGUGACGCAAAAAUUAAAACUUAAAGAAAACAAUACUCAUCCAAUUCGAACUUAAAAAAAUAAUUAUUUUUUAAGAAAACAGAAAUUGUAAAAAAAUUUAACAAAAACCAGAACUAUAGCAUUAAAACGAAACGAGAAUGGGUUUUUCAUCGGCCCUACAGGGCCGUGCCGCGCACGAGGCAUUAAUCGUGCGCCAAGAUGCCGAACUGCGCCUCAUGGAGACCAUGAAGCGGUCCAUACAAUUGAAAGCCAAGUGCGAUCGGGAAUAUGCGAUCGGUUUGGCUGCGGUUGCACAACAGGGUAUGAAAAUCGAUCGCGCCGAUGAAAUGCAAG